AGAGCACCAUGUCGGUUGUGUUAUUAGCCUAUUCAUCUAACUUUUUUUGUUUUUGAUAUCUAAUAUCAUACGUGGUUUAUUAUGUUUAGAUAACUGCAUCCUAUUUUUACUGUUUAUUGAAUUUAUACUCUGCAUUGCUAUGCUAUUAGCUGUUAUAUUUUUCUUUUAAUUACUAUUUUGAUUUGCUAAAACCUGAUAAUCUUUCGAAAACAAGAUAUCUACCUAGGAGAGAGAGUGAUAAAAUUAUGGUUUUGGCAAAACUAUCAUUCACACCCCACCUAUUAUAUAUAUAUAUGAUGAAGAAAAGAAAAGAGAGUUGAAAGUAAGAAACAAAAUGACCAACUUAUUGUUCCUCCAAUUCCUCCUAUUAACCACUGCUUCAUCCUUAACUCACAUCUCUGCACAGACAGUUCCACCACCACCACCGCCGACAUCCGCCGCAACUCCACCGUCCCGCGCGGCGCAAGAAUUCUUGGAUGCACAUAACAAGGCAAGAAGUGAAGUGGGUGUAGGCCCUUUGACAUGGAGUCCAAUGUUAGCCAAAGAAACUAGCCUUCUUGUUCGUUACCAAAGGGACAAACAAAAUUGCAGCUUUGCAAAUUUAAGUAAUGGCAAAUAUGGUGGCAAUCAAUUAUGGGCUAGUGGUACCGUGGUGAUCCCACGAAUGGCUGUCGAUUCUUGGGUUGCUGAGAAGAAAUUUUAUAACUAUGAAAAUAAUUCAUGUACAGGGGAUGAUAAGUGUGGAGUUUAUACACAAGUUGUUUGGAAGAAAUCGACAGAAUUGGGCUGUGCGCAAGCUACUUGUUCGAAAGGACCUGCUACUCUUACUGUAUGUUUUUAUAAUCCACCUGGAAAUGUAAUUGGGGAGAAACCUUAUUGAUGUGUGAUUUUACAUGAUUUGUAAGGUAACUUUUGUGUUUUCAAGUUUGUAGCUUAUAAUAAAAAGUUACUCUGUUCAUUUGCUGCUA